CUUAGUACUGGACUACAUCUCACAUGGCAACAGCUCUUGUCUCUUAAUUUCCUUCUUGUCUCGCGUACUCUCUUUCCGUGUCCCUGCGGCUUCGGAUGUUUUUGUCAGCCCUCAGAGGACUGCGCAGAGAGACGUCCCUGUAGGUUUAGUAGCUCUACACUGGACUUAUGAAUGGAACAGUCACAUCGGUUGCUGACUUGCCUUCACGCACCGAACAAAGACCCAAAUUGAACUCUGAAGUGUCAACUAAGGAACUGAUUUGCACAAACAUCUCGUCUGUGGUUCAGCUAUCCACCAUAAUCAGCAUCAGAUUGUUUGGGACCUUCUCUGGAUAUUAAACUCUGGAUAUUGUGCUGUUGCUGUGGUGCCAUCUAAGAGGGACCUCGACCAACAGGUGUCCCUCUGGUGGAACUGAGAAGGGUCCCCACCUAAAGGAACAUGUGCUAGAAGUUGAACAAUCUUUCCUGAACGACUGGUCAGCUUUGACUCUAGAAGAUGAACAACGAGGAUGAGUUCUACGACGCCGUCACAGGCCUGGAUUCGGACGAGUCGUAUGAAGGGGUGUCAGAGGCCAGUUUCAAAGAUGCGAUUGUGUGUGACAGCAGUCGGAAGAACAAUGGAUCAGUGCCACAGGAGAAUGGCAUCAAGAAACACAGAACAUCGUUACCUGCACCCAUGUUUUCCAGAAACACUGUUAGCAUCUGGAGUAUCCUGAAAAAAUGCAUCGGACUGGAACUGUCCAAGAUCACGAUGCCCAUUGUGUUCAACGAGCCUCUGAGCUUCCUACAGAGAAUCACAGAAUACAUGGAACACACUUACCUCAUCAACAGAGCCUGCUCGCUGUCUGACUCCAUAGAGCGCAUGCAGGCAGUAGCUGCUUUUGCUGUGUCAGCAGUUGCGUCACAGUGGGACAGAACUGGAAAACCCUUUAACCCUCUGCUGGGAGAGACAUAUGAACUCACCAGAGAAGAUCAGGGUUUCCGGCUGGUAUCGGAGCAGGUAUCCCAUCAUCCUCCAGUCAGUGCCUUCCAUGCAGAGAGUCUGGCUGGGGACUUUGUCUUCCAUGGCUCCAUCUACCCUAAACUGAAAUUCUGGGGCAAGAGUGUUGAGGCCGAGCCUAAAGGGACUAUCACACUAGAGCUACUCAAGCACAACGAGGCGUACACAUGGAGUAACCCUUACUGCUGUGUACACAACAUCAUCCUAGGCAAACUUUGGAUUGAACAGUAUGGCACAGUGGAAAUAGUCAACCACAGCACUGGAGACAAGUGUGUGUUGAAUUUCAAGUCGUGUGGGAUGUUUGGCAAAGAGCUGCACAAAGUGGAGGGAUACAUCCAGGACAAGAGUAAAAAGAAGCUGUGUGUCAUCUAUGGGAAGUGGACCGAGUGCAUGUGGAGUGUCGACCCUCAGGUCUACGAGACCCACAAGAAGUCAGAGAAGAAAGGAGACAACAAGAAGUACAAAAAUGAGGAGCAGGAGGGAGCGGAGAACGAUGACGCAGAUGACAUGCCAGAAGUCCAGGAGACGGUGUGUGUCGUACCAGGAAGCACUCUGCUGUGGAGGAUAGACUCAAGACCCGCACACUCUGCCUCGAUGUACAAUUUCACAAACUUUGCGAUGUCUCUAAAUGAGCUGGAUCCUGGCAUGGAGGCCCUCUUGUCCCCCACUGACUGUCGCUUCCGGCCGGACAUCAGAGCCAUGGAGAACGGCAACAUGGAUGAAGCGAGUAAGGAGAAGGAGAGACUGGAGGAGAAACAGAGAACCGCCAGGAAGGAGAGAGCCAAGACUGAAGACGAGUGGUCUACACAGUGGUUCCAGUCGGGCACCAACCCAUACACCACCUGCCAGGACUGGAUCUACACCGGUGGCUACUUCAGUAGGAACUACCAAGACCUGCCCAGCAUUUACUGAGAACUAGUGAGCCUUCAUCUUCCUCCUCCUCUUCCUCCUCACCAACCUGCAAUCAUCUGCCUAUCACCAAUCGGAUAGAAAUGUUAAGAUUUCACAUGCCUACCUUUACUCCCAUCUUCAUCUCACUGCCUUCAUCAUCAUCACGACACCAAUCGGAAGCCGAAUGCCUUCACUUCUGUCAAACUGUGGCCUGCUCGAUGUCUCCUGAGUCUUCAGGUGUUUUCCUUUUUUCAUUAUCUUCACCACAGAUUGUUCCCAUUGUUGCCCAACGACCAGCAAACGUUUCCUAUCUCUCUGCCCCGACGUCGCCUGGAUCACCCGUUUUUACUCCUGACCAAUCCCAGCGGCAGAGAGUCACAAUCCUCUGAGAAACCCUUGAGCUCCGUGUCAUUAAUGAGUAACAGCACCAUGAAGUGAGGCAGAUUACCCACAGUGAUGGAUCGGUGGACAACGAUGGACGCUCAGUCAACGGAGAAAUCAGGGAUGUGAAUGCUCUUUUGACUGAAGAUGGAUUUUGAGGGUGCUUGUUCUUUUUUGGGGGGAAACUUUUAAAGACUCAAAAAUUCAAAAUAUAUAAAUGACUUAUACAGAAACUCUAUUUGUUAAAUUGGUCAAGAAAAACUUAAUGCAAGCAUGAGGUUAUUAUUAUCCAUGCAUCAUAUCCCUAAAACAUUCUGUAACCACCCAUUUCCCCCCGUCAACCUUCUACUUAAGGUUUAAGUCUGAAAUAAACCAAGAAGGCGAUCAGAGAGUGGAUGUUUCCUCGACAGCCUGGUGGAAUGUGCAGCUUGAACGGGACCAGGAUAGAAGCUACAGCUCCUCCGUGAAUGUUGGAACAAAAAACAGUCAACAGGGACAUAACAUGCGUGGGCAGAAUGGAUAUUUAGCUCAAUGUACAGAAAGUCACAGUCAUCCUGUGCGCAGUGUGUCUCAUAUAACUCAUUAAACACCGGAAACGAGAUACAACAUCAUGACUCCAUGUUGCUCCCAGACAAUAUUUGGACUCAAGCUGCUCUGUUGCUUCAUCUAAAUGUUACAUAUACAUGAUAUUUUAUUUUGAGACUGUCCGUGUGUCAUCCAGCUGAGCACGACACACAUUCUAUUCACGGUCCAGAUCUCAUUUAUAUUAGCUGUACAUGGAGCCACAUGCACACAGACGUGGACAGACCUGACUUUCAUUUUAAUCAAAUAUCGAUGUUGAUUUAAUAUUUAUUCUGAAAUUAUAUCUUCAUGACAAACAAAAGGUUUUCAAACAUUCCUGUCAGUGUGACAUUGUUAUUGGAGAACAGCUUCAGAUAAAAAACAGAUCAAAUCAUGGUUAUUUUUUGCUUGACUCUUGUUAAAGCAGAAUCUGUUUAUAUAUUUAACCCUGCGUCACAACUGUUUACUUACUUAAUACACACAUUCUUUACAUAACCUGCUGGCCUGGGGAAAAUAUUGAACAAGUAGUUUAUAGCUUUGUUUUUUAAAUGAUCAUCUCACAGGAUAGAGAAUGUGACCCACAUCUAAUGAUCAGCUGACCAACCAAGACGCCCACUGAGAUCUUCAGAGAUAUUUAUUUUUGAACAUUACUCGCUAUUGUCGUGCAUUUUGUCUCCUGUGAUUUAUAUACCAGAUAUUAUACAUAUAUACAUGUAUUUCUCGACUCAGCUCUAUGCAACUGAUGCAGCUCAAAGUGAACAGUGGCUCUGAUCUGUCUUUGUACAGUCGCUUUACAUUCCCCACACACACACACACACACACACACCCUCGCCCGAUCCUUGGUUAAUCUCAAUAUAGCAUAUAUCAGAUAAUAAGAUGAUAAUAACGUCUUGAACUACUUUGCUCUACCUUCCAUCAAAUCUUGGGUCAAGUUAACUUUACAUUUCUAUGUCACGUCCAUGUUUCCAUGUGCCUGGAUUAUUAUUCUUAUUCAUGUUUAUUUUGAUAUGUGAGGUUUUCUGAAAGAAUUUUGUAGUCGACCUUUUUUUUUUUCUUCCUUUGCUAAUCUGAACGGUUCUGGUGGGGGUUUUUUCUUUCACUUAAAACACAAAACUGAUUUGUUAUAUAAAGGAGCACAGUAUGUAGUCAUCUGCACUUUUACUACAUCUUUUACCAACUUAACACUUGUACAUUUUACUGUGGUGGUUACAUCAGAUUCACGAGCCAGUGCAGUUUGAAUGUAGCCAGACUGGUGGACACUCCUAAAUUCACAGUUAGAAUCCACAAUCGACUUAUUUUAUGCCAGGAUGAUUUUUUUUUUGUGUGUGUGUGUCAUUGAAAGUCAAUUCUACAAACACUACUCUUGGAUGUGAAAUCAGCACUGGUCAAAUGCAACAGGAACAAGAGUCUUUGUCAAACAGUAGUUUGGACUGUAAAGUAACUGCAGCUGGUGAAAUGAAGCUGUUCCAUUGGUCAGUGCUGAUUCAGACUCUACCAGUCACUCAACUAAAGCUCUGUCAUUAAACUAGGUCUAGUUUUUAUGUUGCUUUGAGUGAUGCUUCUGUCUAGGAAAAUGUCUCCUGUUGACUUUGACCCUCCUUCUCUUGGACUGUAUGACGUAGUUGUCAAUGUAAGUGUUGCACAGAGGUAAUCACAAGCAAAAUGGCAUAUUAUUUUGUGCAUUUGAUUUAUUUUUUAUAGUAUUUAAGCAGUUUUAUUUGGUGAGAACAUUACACCAGAUGUUUUAUUUUGAGGUGUGACUGUAAGGGGUCGUAUCCAUACUGUGGACAACUUGCUAGAUUAAUGAACAGGGGAAAGACAACUAAUAAAAUCCUAAUUUCA